AUGCUCAAUACACAGCCAGACAAUUAUCCUGAACUAUUUCCUUAUGUACUCAUAGUUAUGGUUCUUAUUUGUGGUUCGUGCUUAUCACAUGGUCCGCUAGUAACGAUUUAAGCUAGAAAGAGAAACUUCGGUCCUGAGUUCAUGUCUUAAUUUUUUGAAACUCACAAGUAAUUUUUCAAGUCAGAUGUUAACCCAGUGGGAUUUCCAGAUACUGGUUCUGGGCGCUAUUGUGAAUAAAUGUCCUAUAAAAACUGGAUUGACUUCAAUAAUGCAUUCCGAUGCCAUCUCAAUUUUGUUGAACAGCUUCCUAUUAUGAUGGUCAUUAUAUAUCUUGCAGCUUUGAAGCAGCCAUUGGCAGCCUUAAUUCUCUCUAGUAUGUACUUUAUCUGUAAAAUAUUAUAUACAAUUGGGUAUGUAUUGAAAGGACCAAAUCUAAGAUAAAUUGGAGCAUUACCUAUUUUCUUUAUCAAAUGGACUCUUUAUGGAUUAAGUUUCUAUACAGUUGCUUGCUAUUUAGAUUAGUAUAGAGCUGAAAAUCAUUCUCAUAUUUGA